AUGGUCCAGACCGGAAAAAAGUAUUUAAGUCUAAACUUGAAAAUGCCAAAAAUAAGGUCAGUUAUAGUCAUGUUAAGUAUUGUGGAGGUAAAAUAUCUAAAACAUUUUGUCAUAUAAGUUUUACAAAGCUUACAACGACCGUCGUAUGACCCUUUCCCCGGGCGAUAUUACUGGGGAACGGGAUUUUUUUGUAAUAUCAAAUGUGACAGACUUUUUUAAUUUGCAGAAUGAAGACCACGACUGUCCUAAGAGACGGUUUUUGCCACAAAACACUGUCAAGUUUGACUGUCCUGCACAAAUUCGUCUUUCAGAAGUGAUAAAAUUCCCCGAUUAUAAGGUAAGUUUUUAAAUUAUAUAUAGGUAUAGGAAAAUUCAAAUAAUUUCAAUAUUAUGACAUUGUAUGGUGAAUUUUUUACAAUUAAUUGUAGAUUAGUGAUGAUAGAAAACGCUCCAGAAGGGACAUGUCAAUGAAACUGAAGAUUGACAUAGCCAAAGGUGACAAACCUGCAUAUGAACGAAGGAUUUACAUUCAACUUCCAAAAGAAGACCAACAUAAAGAUCAUGCUAUUGGAGAGGUUUGUGUGCCACUGUACAUCACACACAUGCUCCCUUCGUAAAUCGGAUCCUAAUUCAGUGCAACGUCUAUGAAAAAAAGUUCAGUUCACUCAAUAGGUUGAAACUCUCACAAUGGACGAUUAACCUUAUAGCUCAAUACGUUAUUGUCCAUGCCGAAUUAGUAUUCCAGUGCCAGAAGUUUCAACUCUUCUGAGUCUAUCGAUAUCACGCAUAAGCUAUAGGAUAACUUGAAGGAGCGUUAUCUAACAAGUGAAAAUACUUAAAAAUUUUAUAGGUUGGCAGUAUUCUUCAGCCCAUUGACAAAUUGCUGACUAAGAAGAUUGAACUUCUUGUUGGUGAAGGCGUGAAAACUGUAGAUGAAAUGAAAAGACACCUAAAGAGCUACGUAAAGAACGAGUUAUUUGCAUCGGAGAAACCACCACCACCAACAAACAGGGAGAUAUUACCCAACAGACAUGGACAUUAG